AUUCAGAGGACUAGAAAGACAGAAGAAAAAGUUUCUUCUUCUGUGAGAACUGGGAACGACCCCCUUUUUUGCUUUUCAGGUUUCUUCUUCCAGUCGGAGGGAAUAUUGUUUAACUACAUUUUCAAUGGUGGCGACUGAUUGAAAAUAAACCUCCGACGUCGAUCACGGCAGCGGGUGGCCGGUGGCGACGGAACCCUUCUUUGUUACUUCUGUGUUGAUAUCCAGGCAAUUGAGCGUGUCCCAAGUGGGAUUCAGAUAUAAAUGGAGCUGUUCAGCCUGGGUCUUCUCACCUUCAAGUUUGUUCUUUUAUCCAAUUUCUCAUUAUUGAAUUUCCUUCCUUGUAAUCGCAUGAAUAACUGAAGGAAUUCGUUUUCGUUAUCUGUUCCGGUUUGAUUAAUUGUAUUUGUAACCUAGCAAAUAAUUUAUUUAUUAUGGGGUUGAGUCCAAUCCAGCAAGAAGAAUCAGCUUCUUCUUGUUUAUCAAUGAAGACCAAAAAUUCCACCCAGGCUGAGGGUGGGAGGGGAUUUUGGUCGGAAUUCCCAGAAGAUUUGGUAUUUGAAGUCCUGUCUAUGUUGCCCAAAAAAGAUUUGAUUACUUCGAAAUUUGUGUCCAAAGAUUGGAACUUUGUGAUAUCCAGAGUCUGUAUUCCUAGGCUAUGCCCACCAUGCCCUCGUGCUCCUUUUUGGGCUUUGCUCUGCUUCAAGGAUCCCCUCCCUCCUCCCGAUUCGGAGGAACAACCCGGGGAUGAUCAUCCUAAUAAUAAUCCCAGUAGUGGGGACAAAUUAUUGAAACUUCACUUCAUACGUCUCUACAAUUACAUGUAUGGAGAACUUUUUCCUCCAAGGUUUCUGCAAUACAGAAGGGAGGACUAUUUUUUGUCUCUGCUUCCAAAGGAGUUGGAGGAAGAGUGUGAUCCUUCCCAUAUUCAAGACUGCUGCAAUGGUCUCCUACUCAUAACCUCCUCCACUAGCUCCCGAUACUAUCUGGCCAACCCUGUUACGAAACAGCGUCUUUUAAUUCCAGACAACUCCCACCGCCACAGUCACACCAGCAUUAAAAACAUCCGUUCCUCGUUGAUCUUUGAUCCUUCCCUUUCCCUUGGGUUUAAGAUUAUUAGCUGCAUUCGACCGGCUGAACACGCCACAGCUACUCUUCCAAUGGAAUUGGACAUCUUCUGUUCCGAGGCUGGACAAUGGAGCAGCCAUGUUCUCCCCCUUGAUCCUCAUGGUCUUUAUGGCUUUGAGUGGCUUCGCCGAUCUGUUUACUUUGAUCGAGCUCUCUAUUCUCUGUCUUUGGCAAUGUACUUGGUGUCCCUUGACAAUCUUAUCCCUGACCCCAGCAGGGUCACAAGCAGUAUGAGUAAGGAUUAUGGUGGUUUUGAUGUUGAAGCCUGGGCUAUUGAGCUUCCUGAUAAAGAUUUGAUACCAAGUGUUCUUCUUCCACACUUUAGUGGGUGCAUUGGGGUCUCCUCAGGGUCUUUAUAUUACUCCAAUCGUGAUGUUGAAGGCUCUUCCAUGUCAGUGUGGAUGCUGGUCUCGAGAGGGAGAAAUUCAGAAUGGGCUCUGAUCCACACCAUAAGCAUUGCAGAUGACCUGGUCUCUAGCUUCCGACGCCUUAAACAAUUGACGCAUUGGAAAAAAUUUGACUGCUUUAGACCUCGUGCAUUUUUACCGAAGGAUGAUGCCAUGAUUAUUGCAGCUCCUGGGCUUGUCAUCGCCUACUACUUAAAGACCAAAGUAGUUCACGAGCUUUGGUUCCCCCCUACCCCGUGGAACUGUAACCGUAAAACUUUACAAUUGAAUGGAAAUUGGAUCUUUCCCUUCUCACCAUGCUUGCUGCUACUCAAUAAUACUGCUGCAUAGAAUUUGGAAGUGUAGGUCACUGCACUGCUCCUGUUGUAAUAUUACUUCUGGAGGUUCCCGGUGGGGCGCUUGCUAUAAUGCAGUUAAAUGUGUUGAAGGAUGUGGCAGAAUUCGAUCGAGAAUGUUUGCAUAAGUUGAUGGCUUUGUGCCUCAACUCUACAUUCUAUGACUGUUGAGUAGAUUUGAAUUUUCUGGAUCUAGUGACAAUAGGAUGUUCUAUGCUUAAAAAUAGAUUUUCUUAGAUCAGUGCGGGGGUUUAUGAGCCAGAUUAUUCUGCAGUAGUAUCUAUUACUUGUUUCAGUUUGGAUUGAUUAACUAGAUCACUUUAAUUACAACUUACAUGAUGUCGUUAUGCGCAAGUUAGUUCUGUGAAAAUGAAACUUCCCCUCAGAUGGUGAGAGGGGAUUUUUGGUCGGAGUUGCCGGAAGAUUUAUUUGAAGUGUUAUUUAGGUUGUCAAUCAGUGAUUUAAUUGCACUGUCCAGAGUUUGGAACUUUGUGAUAUUCAGAACCUGUAUUACUAGGCUACGCUCACCCUAGCCUUUGUGGUUCUUUUGUGGGAUUUGAUCUGUUUCAAGGAGAUCCACUUCCUCCUGAUUUUGGAAGGCGUGGAAGAUCAUCUUAAUAUUCUCAGGCACGGGCCUAUAUUGACUUUUUGGACAUGUCACUCUAGUUUUGGGUUUUGGAGAAUCAUAUGUAACGAGAAAAAAUGAUUUGAAAAACACAAUUGAAGUGAAAGAUGAAUUGAUUUAUGGUCAUUUGAGCUGAAUAUAUGUUUUGACAAGUUUAAAUUUCGUGGAAUUUGGGGGUUGAAUGUUUAAUUGACAGACCAAAGGGAUAUUGUUUGGAAUAUUAUAUGGAAGA